AUGUCGAUCCCCUCUUCCUCUGGCACCUGCGACGAAAUCAUGCCGAUCGAAGACACAAACCACACUUUCUCCUCCAACAAUCCGAUCCAGAUCGCGAUAUCCCAUAACGUUAACAACCGCAUCGAACCCACAUCAAAUGACGACGACGACAACAACAACAACAGAAGCAGUAUGGCUGAGAUGCUUUCUAAAUUGAUUAUCGCAAAUCUGAAUUCCCUUGACAAGAUUUCGAAGAAGAUCAGAAAAUACGAAGAUCGAAUCAAAGAUAUGUUCGAGGAGUUCAACAAGCUCGAACAAGAGGGUGGAACUGAAGACCAAUUUGGGGAAUUGAAGAGGAAUAUCAUGAAAUUGAAGCAGCAGAUCUCUUCGAAUCACGAGGAUGAUCGUGAAGAGUCCGAUCCUCAUCGCCGUCAACGGUCAAACAAAGGUAAUGCCGAUAAUACGCUAAAAAACCAGGCUUUAAAGCGAAGAUUCGCAGUCAAAGAAUUCAGGGCCUGUUAUGAUCAGCUCGAUGAAGUGUCGAGAAUCUGUUUACUUUUCUUUUCUGUUUUCCCAGAAAAUGCUAAAAUAAAGAAGAGGGUCAUGAUGUACUGGUGGAUCGGGGAAGGUUUGAUGACAACGGAGAGAUUAGCCAAUGAAUUAUUCAACAAGUUUAUUGUGAAGGGCUUCAUUGAUCCCGUGUGCAAAGUGGGUAAUAGUAGUUUAGGAGGGAACAUUUGCAAGAUGGACCCUCUUGUCCGUUCCAUGGUGAUUAAGGUCGCCAAGAGUAUUAACUUUGCCAACUUUGACGAUGAUAAUGAUGACAAUGCUAAUGCCACGCCCCGUGCAUGCUUAACGGGUGAUGGGUUAACAAAGAUUCAAGAUUUGGAAAAGCUUAAUACAUUGUUUAAUGUUAAUGAGGAUAUUCUUGAAAUCAAGACUGAAUAUUUUUCAAAGAUGAAAAAUGUCAAAGUUCUUUACUUGGGAAGGUGGCAGACCUCGGUCUCGCAUCACAUUGAAUUCGCCGACACCAAGGACAUGAAGAAAAAUGCAAAUGUUUUGGAUGGAUUGGGAAAUCUCACGCUUUUGAGGUUUCUGAACCUUGGUGGAAUCUCUAGAAUUUCAGAGCUUCCCGAGUCGAUUUCAAAGCUCACCAAUCUUACAAUCCUUGAUAUUAGAGCAUGUCACAACCUUGAGGUGAUUCCCGAUGGAAUUGGCUUGCUCAAGAAUUUGACACAUUUGGACAUGUCUGAAUGUUACCUGCUAGAUCAGAUGCCCAAGGCGCUUGCAUCGCUCUCCAAACUCCAAGUCCUCAGAGGAUUCUUGGUUUCAGAGGGUAAAAGCUCAUGUACUCUUGAUGAUUUGCGAAAAUUUUCCAGGUUGAGAAAGUUGAGCAUUUACGCUGUUGUCCAUGGAUUUCCUUCAGACAGAGAUUUGUGUGCCUUACAUCAGUUUAAAGCACUUACCAAGCUAACAAUCGUGUGGGCAAGGGGUUCUGUGCAACCAACAGUAGCUACCAAGAAACCGAGUCUCCCAAGAUCAUUUACCUCUAAGCCAGCAGAGUUGGCAAUGCUUCCCUUAGGACUAAUAAAAUUAGACGUUCAGUGUUUCCCUUGGAUGACUACACCUAGUUGGCUGAGGGCUUGCAAUCUCAAGAACUUAAAGAAACUCUGUAUCAGAGGAGGUCAAUUCUCUGACCUGGGUCAAAAACUUGAUGACAAGAAGGCUGAGAAGGACAAGUGGGAAGUCGAGGUAUUGUGUUUGAAGUACUUAGAUGACUUAGAGAUGGAUUGGAGUGGUCUGCAGGAAGUAUUUCCAAAAUUGAAAUUCUUGGAGAUGGUAAAUUGUCCGAAACUCAUUUGGUUGUUCCCAAUCGACAAUAGUCAAGUAUCGAUGGAUUCGGAUAUUUUAUAUUUCAGGGACGGCAUACAUAUCUCUAUUUCAUAUAAUGACAUCAAUUGUUUUUGA